UUCUCCAACGUGAACCAGGGCUGCACUUGGUACCCUGUGGCAAGUUGGCUCAUGCAACUUUCAGACACUCCUUAAGUUACUUGCUUAAUCGACAGGAACCGCUAGCUAACACUCAGCGCUGUAGGAGGGAAUACAGCUUCUCAUAAAUUCGUGAUGUCCAGAAAACAUUCAAAGCACAAGAGAGAGAAGACCAAGUCUUCGUCAAAGAAAAAAAAGUCAGAGCGCUCCAGUCAUGACGAAGAAAAGAACAAGACUGAGCUGUUGUCACACUGCAAAGGAGGAAGCCUCUUGCCACAUCAAUCGUCCUUAUCUUGUCACAUAGGGAAAAAACGAAAACUGAUCCAUCAGGGAUUGGAUGGUCCCACAAGUCUCAGACUGUCGAUGGAAGAACAGUCUGAAUCUUCCUGGUCUAGACUGUCGCAUUUGAAGGAAAAGCAUAAAAUCAGACCGGAAAAGUUCAAGGAUGCUCCUGUUCAAGAGCCAGCUUUUUCAGUGGCAACAUCCUCUUCAUAUCCUGAAAAAAUCAAGUGCAAAUCAAAGCGAAAGAAAAAACACAAGAAACGUUCACAUGAAGAAAAUAACCGAGAGAAGCACCAAACUUCCACAACUACAAAAUCUACUUAUUGCUCAACAGAUCGUACAGGUGAAUUGUCAUGGUGUAAGAUAUGUCAGCGUUCUGAAUUCUGCAGACAUGCACUUCAACACAAAGCAGUGCCAUCAACUGAGGAAGAAGAUCUCAAGUUGUUGGAGGCAAAAGCAAGUUGCUCUUCAUUUGAAUGCUUACAAACUGGUUUUAAAGACUACAUAAGCAAAAUAUAUUUACAAGAAGCUAAAGAGGCUACUGGAAAUCAUUAUGCAAAGGACAGAAAUGAGUACUGUACAAUUAACUCUCUGCACAGAACAAGCAAACUCACUGUUUCAAGUGAUGAAUUAAGAGAGAAGAAGAUUGAAACCAAAGAACAGGCAAAAUCUUCAGAGCUGCAUAUGAAAUCAAAUUAUUCAGAUCUAAAACAAAAUGUUAAGGAUUCGCAUGAAGUUCUAAGAAACGUUGAACAACUAGAUAGCUCCAAAGAAAAAUCUGACAUGCUUGUGAAGUUACAGGAAAAGCCUAGUAGCUCUGGAAAAUUAUUUGAUGUGUGGAAAGUAACCAGCGCACCCCUGAAACCUGUCAAAAAUACGGGAAAUUUGAGUGAAGGAUCAAAAAUUCCAGAAUCUGUUAUUUGGGAGAGGUGCAAUAAAAUAUCUAAUUGCUUGAGAGAACGCAGAAAGAAAUCUAAAAAAUUGGAACAGGCUGGCAAUGAGUCCAGCACAAUCAGAACAGCAUCUUACUUAGUCAAAAGUUCGGGAAAAUCCAGUAAUCAGUCAAAAUCCACAGGGGUUGAAAACCCAAAUAUAAUUUCUAAGGAGCAAAAAAGCUCUGAAUCAUUUGGUAAGAAUUACGAACAGUCAUUAAGGCCCUGUAAUGAUCCUAAAAGGACAAAAUUGGUUCGCGAAAGAAAAGGAGAAUCAGGAUAUCCACAAGAACAUCAGCUUGAAAUCACAGAUUCGGACUUAACUCCGAAGUCUGGACUCUUUGCGACAACUGAUGUGGCAGUAUUAUCACCAAGCUGUGAAAAAGUUGAGGAAUUUGGAACUCCAAAACAAGCUAAAAAGUUUAAUAGUUUUAAAAUUCUUAAAAAGGUCUAUGCUACUGAUGCCUUGUCACAGAGUAAUUCUCAAAAGUUAUUAACUUCAAGUGCUGCUCAGUCAAAAGGUCAAUCUUCAGACAAUGCAACAAAAUCUACUCCAAAAGAGCAGGAUCAUGUGCUGUUUGCACAUCAACCGGAUUCUCAAAGAUUGAAUUCAUCUACCACUUUACCAGAUAAUGUGGAUAUGGAUACUGAUCAAAAGAUGGAGAUAGUAGAAGAGCUGCAAACAGCUCGAUAUGAGAAAGUCUUGGAGGUGGAACUGGGACAGAGCUAUGGAGAGUUGACGAGCAUGGAUAUAGAUCCACCUCAGGAAAUAAAAAUAUUCUCAACUGAAGCUACUUCGAAGUCUGACAUUCUCCUUGUGCUUGAUACCAACAUUUUUAUCAGUCACCUAAAUUUUAUCAUGAUUAUGAAGGACCAUGGAGUUGCAGGUGUCGGUUUCCCAAUUAUCGUCAUUCCAUGGGUCGUUCUACAGGAAUUGGAUUCCUUAAAAAACGGAAGGCUGUCCGGAGGUGUGAAUCGUAAAGCCAUACCUGCUGUACAGUUCAUUUAUUCCUGCUUCAAAAGUCGACAUCCGCAUGUAUGGGGGCAGUCUAUGCAACAGGCAGCUCAAAAGUUCUGUGGCUUACGUGAGGAAAACAAUGAUGACCGUGUAUUACAGUGUUGUUUACAGUAUCAGCAGUUAUACCCUUCUGCAGAUGUCCUCCUGUGCAGUGAUGAUAAAAACCUUUGCAGUAAAGCCCUGGUAAGCAAUGUCAAGGCUGUAAGAAAAGUUGAUCUCUUAACUGAACUAAGUGACAUGAAAUUCAUCAAUGAUGCCCCAAACACUACUCAGGACCUUAGUGCCUUCAAUCAAUCUCUGUCAGUAAACAGUGUGCAAGAGCUGAAUAGGUCUCCUAAACAGCAUCAACCAGCAACCGAGUCAGCUUUGGUUGUUACUAGCAUCAUCAGUCAGUUAGAGAAAUCACUAGGCACUGCUUUGUCAGUCAUCUUAGAAACUGAGAUGAAAACAAUAUAUGAAGAUCUCUGGACAGAGAUACUAUUUGUGAAGCCUCCUUGGUCCUUAGAAGACUUAUUGCUAUGUAUGAAGAAACAUUGGAUUGCUGUAUUUGGCCUAAUUGUGAAAAGAAAUUUGCAGUCAUCUGUGGAAAUGUUAAGUGAUUAUUUUCAAGCAGGUAAAAGGUCACGGUAUAAUCAUUUUACUGUUACCUGGAUGUUGCUAGAAUCCCAAAAACUAAUACAAGCCUUCAACUCAAGGUCAGGUUAUGGUGGCAUUCUCCCACGCACCUUGGCUGUCAUAGAUGAGUUGCGUGAAAAGAUUUCUGAGUAUUGCAGCAAAAAUGAACUAACUUCAACAUUGCCAGAAUGGUCACAAGGGUCUUCUGAAAAGCUGGAAAUUCCAUUCGCGCCACCUUUAAAUCCAGAUUCAGGAAGAAAUGUGACUGUCUUUCCAUUCAACUGUAUCAGUGGAUGCCCCACGUCAGAAAUGGAUAACUCACAAGAUGUGAACAGAAUUCAACAAAUCUGGGCCACCUUUGAAAAUGUAUGGAAUAUAAUAAACAAAUACAGCUCGUUAAUUUUUGCAACCUUCAACCUUCCUCACAACCCAUUAACUGUUGUAACUGACAGCAAGCUGCCACUUCCUGAGGAAGCAUUUCAGAGCCUGCAAAGAUUGAUGCCUGCUGUAAAAGAACUACUGACAGGAAUUCAAAGAAUUUUGUCAACAGAUAGUAAUGUUCAAGAUUUUCAGAAGCUCACGGAAAUUCUGCACAUCUUUCUAAACAAUGAAGAGACAAAUCUUUCUGAUACCAGAAUUUCUGCACAGGAUUUGCAUGAAUGCUUUAGUCAUGAAGAGUACAGGAAGAGGCUGACAGUCGGUUCCAGCCAGUUGGCCGAGUUAAGCUACAGUUUGGAGCAAUGCAAUGCAGCACUGUGUCUCGAGGCCAGAAGCAGAGGUUUAGUUUAACACUGUUUAAUGAUCAUACACUAGUAUUUCUCCACAAACUGGAUUUAGUUUAUGUUUUACUAAUGCUCAUUUCUUGUUGUGAGAAUGAUAAAAUUCUCUGUAUCAGAGGUAAAAGUGCAAAAGGUUUUGUUAAGGUGCUAUUUAAAUAAAAAUUAUAGCUGCCCAA